AUUGCGAGUCUUAUAUAAUCUGACAGCAUCUUAUUAAACAUUGCAAUGCGAGCUGUUUUUGUAAUAAACAUGAAAUUAACAGAACCAUUGAACCGGUAUUUCAAGCCGUCUAUGAGAAAUGUACACGCAAAUGUAAAUGCAUUCGUUUCGCGUUGCAACGCUUUAUAAUUUUCAGGUUUUCAAAUCAUCAAACGAUGCAUAAUUAUAAAGGAUAUUUUAGAGCAUGGUAAAUGUUCAGUAUUACUAUUUCCUCUCAAAUAUCAUAACUAAAACGAAUAUUAGCGAAUCUGAAACAACUCUUUUAAUUUUGUCAAUUUACCAAAACGUAAAAAGCCCAUUUCGAUUACCCAUUUAUAAUGUACAUAAACCUCGUUAUUUUAAAAUUUCGACACUUCCAACUUCCGCUAGCAGGCUUUUCACUAUACACGCGAAAAACAAAAACCUUCCUUCGUACAUCUACAAAUAAACACAUACAUAUUUUAAAAGGCUUUUGUAGAUAAAAUACAUCACAUAUUGCAUGAAUUUUUGUCAUAAGUGCUCUCCAAUAUUCCGUUAUCGGAAUCAAUCGGGCACUUGUUGAUCAAUAUUAGGCUAUAUAAGUGGUGACCCAUGCUUUAUUUAUUAUUGUAAUUUUCUCAAAGUAUUAAUAAACCGAUAAUCCUACAAGUGUAACAAUCAGGCAAAAUGCAUUUCUCUGUAGGCUAUUGAAUAUACAACUGUGAUAUGCAUUUCUCUGUAGGCUAUUGAAUAUACAACUUUGAUAUGUUGUUUCUAUGUGGCUCUUUUUCUAUCCGAUAGAGAGUUCGCGCUGAAAGCAUUUUCAUGUCACGUUGUUUUGAAAAAGAUGGAUUAUUUUCAUAUGUAAGAGUGCUGAUAAGACACGGGCUGUGAUAUCGGUUGUUUCAUAUGUAAGAGUGCUGAUAAGACACGGACUGUGAUAUCGGUUGUUUCAGAUGUACUUGAUAAGAAGCAUUAUAAUUUAAUAAACUGUUUUACAAGUGUAUUACGUGUGUGAGUGACAACCAUGCUAAUGUGGCAUAAUUUAAGUUAUAGAUAUACGAUAACAAAAAAUACACCAUCUAUUAUCUUACAUAUAUAUCAUGCUUUAAUAUAAAUCAUAACACUUAUAAUAUUCAGUGUGUGAACAUUGAACUAUCUUUAUACAUGCAUGAAUGAAGAACUUAAAUGCAAUGGUUUCAUAGUGUUAGUUUAAUGGAUGCAGCAAUUUAAUACUUAGAUAUAAUCGUUAAGUCGAAAAUUAAACUUCUCGUCUGCGACAACAAUUGCAAGAGCAGACGAAAAUUAUGCCGUACCGAAACCACAUGGUCCCCUUGGAACCUACGGAAGAACCCGAGGAGUUCCGACUGAAAAAGACGGUGUUUCUUGGAUACACGGACGUCAACGCUGGCAGCAUACGGGCAUUGCUGGGGAUCACAAUGAAGCGCGAAUAUUCCGACGUGAACAUUCCGGAGCUGUGUAAUGCGCGGAUCGCCGUGGAACUUCUCGGGAUACUGGACCCGCGAGACAAGCCGUUUUCGCCUCUCCAAGUCUGGAACCUGAAAUAUGAGCAAUUUUCAGUGAUUCUGGUGAACACGAUUCUCAAGCCGGAAACAUGUCACCACGUGUGCAGUUGGAUAGUCGUCAUGUGCACGAGCAGGUACACGUGCUGUGUUGACAAGAUUGUGGUCCUCAGCGCUCUGAGGGUCGAUGUCCCGUCCAGUCACGUGUCCAGUCACUUGAAACGUGCUCCCAUCUACGAAAAGACGAUCAACGACAUGCCACGUACGAAAUGUCCGUCACUUCCGGGUAAGUCAGGCAUGACUGACCCCUUCCUAAGCACGCUCAUACAGAUGGUGCACGUGGGUUGUGUGCCCACGUGUUUCCUCGUGGUUCCCGCUCACAGGGCGUGGCCGGGAACAGCGCGGGACGAAGACGGCAGCAAGGAGGUAUGUGAAGAUCUUGCCCUAGUACCAAGAACAUACAUUAGUCAAUAAUCUCAUUUUUUAGGGUUUUUUUGAAUUUAAAAAAUGUCAGAUGUGUUUGACCAUCAUACUCAAUUUAGUGUACACACAAGCUUGGUUGUUAGCACCGUCUCAACCCUCAGUUUGAGGAAGAAUGUGUACAUAUUCCAUAAGUUGGGAGUUGAGAUCGUUCUUUCGGUGAACGACAUUCUCAAUACUCAGCUGAGUGGAUACUCACAACUCUAUUAGCUGGGAUAUGAGAUUGUUCUUGCGGUGACCGACAUUCUCAAAACCAAGCUGAGUGGAUACUCACAACUCCAUUAGCUGGGAUAUGAGAUUGUUCUUGCGGUGACCGACAUUCUCAAAACCAAGCUGAGUGGAUACUCACAACUCCAUUAGCUGGGAUAUGAGAUUGUUCUUGCGGUGACCGACAUUCUCAUUACCAAGCUGAGUGGAUACUCACAACUCCAUCAGCUGGGAUAUGAGAUUGUUCUUGCGGUGACCGACAUUCUCAAUACUCAGCUGAGUGGAUACUCACAACUCCAUUAGCUGGGAUAUGAGAUUGUUCUUGCGGUGACCGACAUUCUCAAUACCAAGCUGAGUGGAUACUCACAGCUCCAUUAUCUGGGAUAUGAGAUUGUUCUUGCGGUGACCGACAUUCUCAUUACCAAGCUGAGUGGAUACUCACAACUCCAUCAGCUGGGAUAUGAUAUUGUUCUUGCGGUGACCGACAUUCUAAUUACCAAGCUGAGUGGAUACUCACAACUCCAUUAGCUGGGAUAUGAGAUUGUUCUUGCGGUGACCGACAUUCUCAAAACCAAGCUGAGUGGAUACUCACAGCUCCAUUAGCUGGGAUAUGAGAUUGUUCUUGCGGUGACCGACAUUCGAAUUACCAAGCUGAGUGGAUACUCACACCUCCAUUAGCUGGGAUAUCAGAUUGUUCUUGCGGUAACCGACAUUCGCAUUACCAAGCUGAGUGGAUACUCACAGCUCAUCUUCUGAGUUGAGCAAAACAAAGUCACAAAAGAGGAAGGCAAACUUUAGGUCAUCAUAUGUUAAGGAAUCAUAUAUGAGAAUCGUUCUGGGAAAACUGGGUUUAAUGUAUUUGCGUAAAGUGUCCCCCAUAUUAGCCUGUGAAAUACGCAAAUGCUAAUUUGGAAAGACACUUUCCAGUUGCACUGGAUUUGCUUAUAGAAGAGACUUUCUAUAAACGAAAUAUUCACUUAAAGGCGGAUAACGCCGUUCUUGAAUACCAGGUUAAUCUUGGACAUGCGUUAAGUCAAGUUUUCUCAGAAUGCGGCUCAUUUGUGUCUCUUUAGUGUUGGCGGAGGUUUCGGUGGAACCGCCUUUAAAGGGAUCUUUUCACGCUUUGGUAAAUUGACAAAAUUGAAAAAAGUUGUUUCAGAUUCGCAAAUUUUCGUUUUAGUUAUGAUAUUUGUGAGGAAACAUUAAUACUGAACAUUUACCAUGGUCUAAUAUAGCCAUUAUAUGCAUCUUUUGACGAUUUGAAAACCUAAAAAUUAUAAAGCGUUGCAACGCAAAACGAUUGAAUAAUUUGGAGAGUUCUGUUUUUGUCGUUAAAUUUUGUGAAACUACGAAGAUUGCUUAUAUAAGGUAUAAAAUACUUCAAGGAUAUGUACUCGGCGGAAUAGCUCAGUAGGCUAAAGCGUUUUUACUACAGGACUCUGGCAGGACUCCAGGGGUCACUGGUUCGAAACCUGGUCCGGGCAAUGUUCUUUUCCUUUUUUAAAUUUUAUUCUUGAUUUUUUACUGGAGCUUUUACGAUCCAAUGUUUACAUUUAUCGAUAUAAAGCAUUUAAUGAAUAAGUUAAAAAAUGCCAAAAUCUGUGAAAAGGCCCCUUUAAUGUGAGUAAAAUAUAACUUGAGAAUGUUUUUUGCAAUCACUAUACAACUUUAGACAAAUGUCGACAUACGUUUAGUUUUGAUAUUACGCAAUUGUUAUUGAAAGAUAUACCCCUCAUAACGUCACAUCCGACUAUCGGAGUUCGGAGUUCUUUUGAGAUGGGUUAUUUUGUAUAUUUGUCAUACGUUGGCAUUGUUAACAUUCCGUAAUCAGGGAAUAGGAUCACCUGACUUUGUGGGGUUCACAAUUAAACUUUGAUGGAUGUAAACACAACGGUAAACGGUGCCUUAUUUCUAAUAAUUUGUUUAAAUGAUUUUUCUUAAAAAUGUCAACUAGUGCAUAAAAGACAGUGUUUUAUGCUGCUUACGGCAAUACGAAAUACAUCAGAAUUAAUUUUUAAACAAGCCUCUGUUCUUGGACAAACAAUUCGAUGUAUUCAGCAUUCAUUUACACGGUUAUGCAGAACGCAACGUGAACUUUUGACAACAAUUUCAGACGUAUGCAAUGAUUUAUUUUAAAAUCUUAAGGUAUCGGCGCGAACCGCAGAAACACUGUCUUUUAUGCACUUAAGAUUUUUGUUUAUGUAUUCAAUUACUGAAAUAUUUGAGAAAAUAAAGUUCUUAAAGGAGUGUUUACAUUCUUCCCGUGUGUAAACCCCUGAAAACCCCGUUGAUCCUGCACCCUGCUGAUGUCACUUACGUCAUUGUCAUUUGUAUACGGACGCGACAUCACUUAGAUAUAGUCCUCGGAGGUGUUAAUUAUAUCUAAACGAGCAUAAUGAUUUACAUUUCUAUAAAAAGGCAUGCUUUUACCUGAUUACGAUUACAUUGUAUUAAUAACAAUACCAGGAACAAUGUUUGUAAACAUGUUUAUGCAAUUAAAUGCAUAUACUUGUGUGGUCAUGUUAUUUCUACUUUCCUUUCCGAAUUCGUAUACAAUCAUACACACUUGCGAAGAAAACGUUUGUUUAUUCAUCAUAUUCAAUUGAUAAGCAUUUUCAACUUGAGUUAAAUGAUGCACACAUUAAGUUUGUUAACAUACCUGCAACCAA